GAUGAGGGGGGUAGGGGUUGGGCGACGGGAGGGGGGGGUGUGUUGGGCUGUGUUCUCUAAGAAAAGAAAUUUGUUUUGGAAGCGGUAGAUAGGGUUUAGUGUACACUACAAUCAUCAUCAUUAACACGUUAAUCAUAACUUAAGAAUACCUCAUCCUUGUAGAAAUAAAUUUGCAAAUAAAUAAAUGAUAAUAAUAGUAAGAGAAAGAAAUCUGGCGACGAGAUUUUUAUAUGGGAAAGAGCAUCAUUUUCUGAGAACUGGUCAGUUAAAGGAAUUUAUUGUACAAUCGAAAUUUGAAAAAGACUUUAACGGAUGUAAGGGAAUUUAUAUUCGCAAGUUAAUAGGCUCCUGAGGGUCAAACGAAACAAAUUGUUCUAGCUGCUGCGAUGGGGGAAAUGAAACACAGCGGAAUUUAAAGCCGACAGACGUUUUGAGUGUUAUCCUUACGUCUAAACGAAUCUUUCAGGUUUCAGAACUUCUGAGGAAAUACCGUACUUUUUGAGUACUUAAAUCAGAAUAUUUUUUAAUAACCGACGAAUCACGUGGGCGCCGGGGUUUGAACCGCUAGAGUGGGGGGGUCUGGCGGCAUACUACCUCAGAAAUUUUUGAAAUUUUGAUGCUCUGAAACGUUGUUCUUGUGUUCUGAUGGCGAUUUCGUUUUACAAUGUUCGCUUAUUUUUAGGCCUAUUACUAUUUGCGUGUUUCACAUACAAGUACUCGAUUUUGUUUUAUAUUUCGAGCGGUAUAUUUAAGUUUUCUGGGUGUCAUUUUCAAUUAAGUACACCCUUAGGUGUAUUAGAUUUUAUCCUAAGAAUUCAUUUGAAAAUAUGAAGACAGAUGUCAAAGUCGGGAUUUUUCCUAUCCCGAUCGCAUAUUCGUCAGGAUUCGUGAUUUUCAAGCAAAAUCUUGAGAAUCCCGACGAGAUCGGGAUGGUUCAUCAGUGACGUAUAAUGAGAUUCGGUUUUUAAUAAAAGAUUGCAUAUGAAUGUAAUGUGCGGAAGGGUUCUGGAAUUUGUUCUAGUUGUUAAAUGUCUGCUCCAGAAACGAUGAACAACCGUUUUGGUCAGUUUUUUUAAAGGAAUAGUAUAGUAUAACUCCACCUCCUCUCCCCUCAUCUCCCCCACCAAAAAAGCAGUGUCACCCCCCCCCCCCCAGCGAAAAAAAAGCAGCGCACCUUUGAGACCAAGAGCCCGUGCAUGUUCAAGAGCCAACUUCCUGUUUCCUAUCAUGGAUGGCACGUCCAACGUUCAUCUCGACAAAACAAAUUAAACAGUUGACUUCUCGUAAUGACGUCUGAAGUUGAUUUCGCCUCGUAAACUAGCAAGGCUCAUUAAACCUGAUUGUAUCAAUACAUCUACUUUGGUGCUUAGUUCUAAUUUGGGACUCAUCUAAAAUAAUGUGGGCUCUUAGUAAUUUAAAACAUUUUCAUGCAUUAAUCUAACGCAGUUAACUUUUAGGGUAAAAAGGCUGGCCUCUAGCCCUCCCCUAGAUAUAAAUGUAAUAUUUCGCUGUUAUAAGUUCAUAAGACUCGAAAGAUUACCUCUUAAAAAAACGUCUUUUUUAACCUGUUCAUUUCUAGAACACGUCACGGCGAGAUGAUUUGACAAACUUUUAAUCUAUUCAUCAAAUUAUACGGUGUUACAACUUCAGACAAAACCUCUUUGACAGGUUUUGCACAUUAUUAUAAAUUUCUUAGGAUUUUACAAAACGAAAUUUGGAUUUUUUGUGACUUCAGUGAAGUUUAACUGUGUGUGCUUUGAAUCCACGAAUAUCUUUGGGAGACUAUAAUUAUAGUCCUAGUGCAAACUUUUUGUGUUUAAAAUGUUAUUUUAAGCCAUUUAACCUUUGACUGUAAUAUUUUGUUCCAAAACUGGACGUCAGUCUGGAAGUCGACCAAGGGCGAUUGGUUGACAGUUAUUUAGGUCUUUCCAGAUGAUUAGUCAAGGGCUUAUGACUUCCUAACCGCGGAUAUAAAAAUUCAAUUCGACAGACCAAGUAAAUACUAAGAUGUACGCUGGUGUGCAGGAAAAGCAAACUUUAGUGCAAAACACCACGGCAAGAACUUAACAAAAUUAUUUGAAGAGGUAAGGCAAACUGAACAAAGUUGCGAGAAAAAGUUAUGUAAUAUAAAUAUAUAUAUAUAUAUAUAUUCUUAAAUACCGUUUAAUUGCUUCCACUUAUAGAUUGGGGUUUUCUAGCACAAAUUUAUGGAAUGCAAAGUCCAAUUAACUCUGAAAGUGAAUUUCAUCCGGGCGUAGCCGCAUUAGGUUCACUCGCCACAAGCAACACAAAUUGAAGAAGACCAAGAGAGGACACCAGUUUCGCUCUGUUUUCUCUGAAAAGGUCUUACUUUUUCUGGCUGCACAAGCUUUGUAACCACAAAAAGAGGAAAGAUAUACAGCAAUAAGAACUGCAAUGAGUACCCAAAAGCAAUACCCCGAUGAUCAUUAGUGUUUCACCUCAGUUUCGCAAGAUAAACAGACCAACAGCGUGUUAUUGAAGACCUGUUGAUUUCAGUUUUAGACUUUUAUUAACCCAUGUAUGAAUUUCAAUGUCUUUUUUCAGUGGAAUUCAAGAGCCAAUGGACGAAACGUUAGAGCAGAUUAAUCUGCAAUUACGACGAGCAACCGAACAUGAGAAAAGACCAGGUUACAGAAAGCAGCCGCGUUUCAAGAACAUCAUUCAUCUUUGGGAAUUUCUGCUUGAUCUUUUAGCGGACGACGACUGCCGUCCUUUGAUAAGCUGGAGCAACAAAGAACGUAAAGAAUUUCAGCUGAAGAACCCUGAAGAGAUAGCCAAACGGUGGGGUGCGGUAAAAAGAAGACCAGGAAUGAAUCACGAGAAGAUGACUCGGUCGUUGAGAUUUUACUAUGCUCAAGGGAUUAUCCAAAAGGUAUUGCAUUUAUGUCACUAGUAGAGCUUCAUAUGCUUGUUGUAGAUAUAACAGUUACUGCUUAUUGCCAAAUGUUCAUGAAGCGAGCAUUACAAUUACAUCAAUCAAUAUUUUAGCUGUUCCCCCUAAAAGACGUUAAAUUCUCCCCGAGAGUUUUAUUCGAGCUUAACAUGCAUUGCCUGCGAGUGGAUGAAGCAUAUGUUUAAGAGAAUCUGGAGAUUCAGCACCCGGCAGCAGCUAUUUUUGAUAAACUCCCUGUAGCUAUUAGAAACAUAACUGAGUACAAUUCCUUCUGAGACACCUUUCAUGUAAGGAAUCUCAAAAACAAAACACAACUGUAAAUAUUUAUAUACUCUAUAUAUUUUUUUAUUUAUAUAUAUAUUUUUAUGUGAAAGGUUUGUGAAAGGUUUGAACCCAGGAGUCAUUUCUAUUUUUAUAUUAUUAUUAUUAUUACUUUUUUUUUUAUUUAUAGUGUAGAUAUUGUAGAUGAAGAACCUCACUUUGUUGGAUACUCUGCAAUAAACCAUUAUUAUCAUCAUCAUCAUCAUUAUUAUUAUUAUUAUUAUUAUUAUUAUUAUUAUUUUGUCAUGAUUUUAUUGAUCAAAAAAUGUGAUAUUUUUCAAACCGGUUAUAAAGACGGCUCUUGGGGAAAAACGAAAGAAGAACUGACACGAGUUUGUAUUUAUAUACCCGGCACUAAAAGUAGGGAUUUCACCGUUUUUCAAACGCUGUAAGAGAAUUCACAUCGUUGCUUUUUUGGUUUUAGGUCAAGGGACAAAAAUUGGUUUACAAGUUUCACAAACUUCCUUACAAAUAUCAUCCGAGAAAGAAAACAUAUCAGCAAGAGAAGACCCGUGAAACAGUAAAAGAAACCCUAAAUGAGAAUGUAGAGUUAUUGACAUCUAAACAACCUAGGCAGAUCAACAACAUUUGCUCUGCCCUCAGCUUUAGUAGUAUGUCAGGAAGACGUUGGGAUUGGUCUUUCGAACCCACGUGGUCUUCUCAUUUUGUCUGUUGGCACCCUGUUAUCCCGAAUUGCCAAUCAUUAACCAGGACAACUCAGACUAGAAUCAUGUUCCCAUCUGGUGGUCACUCAAAAACGAACCUUCCUUCGUCACUGGAUUUUGAACCAAUACCAAUAAAAACUGUCUGUCCAGUUUAUUACAGAUGUGGUUUAGCAGCUCCUAAAUCAAUUCCUGUUUCUGUAAUAAAACAAACUGCGUGACUAGCUUGAAUAAGGGAGGAUAGUUUUAAGAGCUUGCCUGUAUGUACCAAGGACACGAAGGCAACGAGAACGUCGCUUAAAAAGUGAAUUUGCGUUCUUUCAGUCUUUAUCACGAUUGCUCCUACCCACUUACUUUGUCAAAUAUAGGCCACCCUCCUUGAGUUGAAAUCCUAGGGACUAUAUAUAUCCAAGUUCAGAAAGAGAAAUAAAAUUUCGUCGUUGUUUUUUUAUAGUACUCCACAAAACGCGAAUUGAUUAAGUAGGCAUUUUCACGUCUUAGUCGUGCAAAAAUGGGCAGAAAAUGUACAAACAAGCGGGAUGCACGUGCAAAGUUGUUGUUUUUCUUAUAAAAUCUGUUUUUUUUACGUUCUCGUUGCCGUCCGCGUCUUUGCAUCUUAAAGUCCCUAUUUCGAAUGUUGCACAAAAAUGGUGUGGCUAUUGAAAUGAUGGAUCUAAUCGUUUUCGGUGCAAAGAACGAAUGAACGUGGUAAUUAACUCUAACUUUUCACAGUGUACCAGCAAUUUCCUGCACCAAGGCCAGUCAAGCUGAAGCUGAUUCAUCCCUUCAAUCUUAGCGACAAAAAUGCGAUGCUAGUAAAUAUGCGUUAUUACCCAAGCGUCGGGUCAAGAUGGCUAGAAAUUCACAGGAGGUGUCUGUUCUAAUAAAACCACUAAAACAUGCGUACAGCUUGAGAGAAUGUUAGGCGCUUAACUAAAAUUAAAAGGUAUUUGUCGGAGAGUUGAUCGAGAAUAUAGUAUGUUAAUAGAGGUUAUAAUAGUGCGAAACCUACAUCUUCAGUUUUUACUUACGCUCAUGAUUGAAACAAAAUGUCUCCAAAAACAUUUCUUUUCACUUUGUCAUUCCUUUUCGUCGCAAUAGUAUUGACCGUACGUCAGAUUUCUUCCUGAAAUGUAAAUGAGUUGGUUAGCAGCUCGUGCAUAUGGAAUAUGGAGAAAUAAAAAUUGGCAUAGUUCCUUUGCUUCACACGUAUCAGUAUGUUCCCACACAUCGCAUUACAUCUUAGCACAAAACAAUCACCACACCUCAUUGAAUCAUCUCACAUCACUUUACGUCACAUCACAUCACGUCAUAACACCACAUCACAUCUAUCACAUAACAUCACUUCACAUAUUACAUCACCGCAUCACUUAACAUCACAUCUAUCACAUUACGUCACUUCACAUAUUACAUCACCGCAUCACAUUAGAUCACAUCGUAGUACAUCUGUGACUUGAUUUCGCCCUCAUUACAGCUCAUCACAGAUCACAGACGACGGAUCUGACACCAAAGCCGAAUGGUUUCAAAACCCUCCUACAUUUUAAUUUUUCGCCUCUAAUUGCCUUUAAGCCAGAGGGCGCUUCUCUUAAAUGCGCUCUUAUACAGUGUUCCCUAACUUCCUUUCCAGGCCGUUGCAAUCUUUAGUAUGGAGCAUCAAAUCAUUCGCUUGAAAAUUAAGUGCUUGAUAGGGGUCCCCUGUACAAUAUUUCCAAGACUUCGCCCUUUAUAGCGAAAACGUUUGCCCACCGGCUAGGGCCAAAUGAUUCCAAACACCUGUCUGUUUCCGACCAUUGGCCUCGGUAGCAUUAAUGGCCUGAUACGCUACAGGAGCUGAUUUGUGCAUAACCGCAUAAAUAGACUUCUUAACAGUGCCUGCGUGCGUGGAAUCCUUAAAAGAUAAUUAAAUACGUCCAUGUUCCAACCACUGUAAAUACAAUGAAUCAACAAAGUCUGAUGAAAGCUCACUAAAAUCCGCGAAGUCAUUGUACUACUAUCAGCAGAAUCGGAUUUCAUUUUCGUUUCACACUUAAUGAUCCAAGCGAGGGAAAAACCAAAAGCCCUAUUUUGCACAAAAAAUUAGUGAAACUCUGAUUGGUUCUGGCAGUUGUCGCAGUGGUAAUGGUUAUGACGGUAGUAGUACUGGUAUUGGUAGUGGUGGUGGUAGUGGUAGUGUUACAGUGCACUUGUAGUAGUGGCAGUGUACUGUAGUGUAGUGUAAUGUAGUGUAAUGUACAGCUGUAGUAGUGUAACAUAGCAAGAAGUAAUUAGUGCAUAAUAGUGCGACGUAUUCUUGACUAAUACGUCAUUAUUUCACGGGUUAAGUAAUAAAAAUCACCCUGGUAGUAGUAGUACAGGUUUUAUCAUUUUAUGCAUGAUAUGAUGCAACUACUACUGACUAUGUGCAAAUUUAGGUAGUAAUGUAAUUCCUUUUCUUCUAGUUUUGUUGCGUUGUUAAAAUUUGAGGUGUUGAAGGUUCCAGUUCGUCCUCAGUUCCUAAUUUGCACCGUUUUGGAGCAAACAAAGGACAAUUUGAAGUAAAUUUGCGUAUAGCUUGGUAGCAUGGUUAGUAUCAGACACCCCCAGCUAAAAAUCCCGGAUCAGCCCUUGUAGUAGCAGUCGGUAGUGUUCUUUCCUGAUUUUCUUUCCCACAGUAGUAGUAGUAGUAGUAGUAGUAGUAGUAGUAGUAGUAGUAGUAGUAGCAGUAGCAGUAGCAGUAGCAGUAGCAGUAGCAGUAGCAGUAGCAGUAGCAGUAGCAGUAGCAGUAGCAGUAGCAGUAGCAGUAGCAGUAGCAGUAGCAGUAGCAGUAGCAGUAGUAGUAGUAGUAGUAGUAGUAGUAGUAGUAGUAGCGGUAGCAGUAGUAGUAGCAGUAAGUAAGUAAGUAAUAAAUUGCUUUAUUUGCAUGACCGCAUCAUUUUACAGUAUUGCAAAAGCAUGCAUAUGACAAUCAAAAUAUAAAACAAACAGCACUAAUAAUAAUCUAGAAAAAUUCAGUCACAUUACUAACAAUGAAUCACUUAUUUUCAUACAGGAGGAAACAAACUUCAUAACUAACUUAUUUACAUGAUGUUCCUUCCAGUUCAUUAUCAGUUUUAUGCUUUCUGGAGAUGAUUUCUUGCCAAAGUCAGGAAUUAUUCCAUUGAUUUGAUUACUAAAUGCCUGUCUCUGUACUGAGUAUUUGUUACAUCGAAAGAGGAAAUGAAUCUCAUCUUCUACCUGAUUUGAGUUACAUAAAGGACAUAAUCUUUUUUCUCUUGGCAAAUGAUCGAUUUGGUAUCGACCAUGUUCAAUCAUAAGUUUGUGAUUACUUAUUUUAAAUUUAACAAAAUUCUGUCGUUCGUCAUAAUGUCUUAGCUGGUAGAGAUAAUCAGAUGUAGAAUAUUCAUCUUUAAAAGUUUUAUAAAAUUCUAGUUUUUUUGAAUUUUCGAGGCUGUGCCGCCAAAAAGAUAGAUAUUUCUCUCUCAUUUCUGUGGUAUAUCGUCUAAUUUUAUCAUUAUCUAGAGAUUCAGCAUCUAAACUGGUUAGAUUGUAUUGUUCAAACAUGUUUAUGAAAUUGGAAAAAUAUCCGGAAUUAUUCAUAGAAUGUAGAUUCUUUGACAUAAGGAA